AUGAGCGGCAACCUGGGCUCUCCUGAGGGCAUGAUCUACGAAGACCAUUUCGAUGCACACAAUCAGCCGAGGAAAGUUCCCUCAGCUGACAGCUUUGCUGCUCACCUUGACUCGAAGCAAAACUUAGACCCACAACAUCAAAAAUCAAACAUCUCACUGGACCCGAAAAUGGGGAGAGCUUUCCGAGAUUCUGAUGUCAACGGCACCAUCGCUGCAUUUCCACAGGUCCCCGACUCAGGCUUUGUUUUCCUGUUAGAAAAUCCUUCGCUGGAUUUGAUGAAUUGGGAUCUUCCUGGAGCAUUCAAAGCGGACGAGAUGGACAUGGACCAGUCCCCUGGCUUUGACAACGGCAUGUUUGUGGACUCCAACAGCGGCCUCCCCGAGUCCGCAAAACAAGAAGAUGGCUCACUUAUGCACUUCAUCAAAGAGGACGACAACCUUGGUCUGAGAUUCAUAACAGAUUCCGCCAAGCGAGAUGAGUCAAACAGUGAUUUUGUCCCUGGUCUUCUAGACGGCAAACCUCAGCAUAAUUUCAGCAUGUCCCAACUAUCUACAAUAAGCAACCACUCAUCAAUACCCACUAAUUUUGACGACCGUGCGGCUGCACACUUCGAUCUAGAUCAUGGGUCCGUGAGUAAUGAUUAUGGUGAACUCGGUACGAAAAGGUUUGACGGUGACAAUCGCUCUCCUACCGGGAUUAACCCAGCAACAGCAUUCGGAAAUCAAGUUUCUAGUCACGAAUUUCAACAUGAGCAGCGAGCCAUGGACUCGCUUGGCGUCCAGUACCACACUCCAGAAACUGAAGUUCCGAACCACCCUAGAUCCCGCAGAAAUACCCAAAGUCAUAGAGCAUCGUUUCUGGCCGUCAAUGCAGACUUUCUGCCUUUGACAACUACCACAUCACUCACACCGUCAAUGAAUUCUAUGUAUUCAGCGCAAGCAUCAUUUUUUUCCGCUAAUCAAUUUAAUCGUUCGCUGUUUGACCAGCCUCCAUCGCUGAUUCAUCGCCCGUCUUUUGAUAUAUACCCACGCGGACGUGUGUCGCUCGAUAGCCAAGGCUCAAGUGUCAAUCCGCCUUCCCGGAACCCUCGUUCAUUCUCUAGUUAUAUCCCUUUCAUGGGCGAGCGUGACAGAGAGAGGAAGCAGCGAUCUCUGCCUGAGUGGGAUCAGCAGCAUCAGCAACAGCAACAACAACAGCAACAUGUGGCACAUCAAUCGCGUCAUCUUAUAAGAAGCAUUUUUAAGUCAAAUAAUGAACCUCCGGGGGAGGAACCAGCACCGUUUCUAGCCGAUGUUCUUGUCGAUCCCGAUGCGGAUGACAGCAAUUUUGCUAAUCCGGAAGAUAAUCCAGUGCCAGCGAAAAAAGCAAAGCGAACGCGUAUGAACUUGUUUAAUCGCUUCAAGACUGGUAAGAAUCAGCCACUAGAAUCUCAGCACGAACUCGUGAAGCAUGAAAGCCAUAGUUCAGUGGCAUCCAGCGAAAGAGAUGACAGCUCUCAUCAGAAUUCCAUAGUCCAACACUCACUACAAAACUCUGUCAAGACAGGAAACUCAUCUAAUCUGGGUAAUGUCCAGAUUUCUGAUUCUCAGCCACCACAAGAACCAGACUAUGCAUCAUUAUUUGAGAAUAUGGGCAAAAGGCGCCUUGGUGGAAUGAAGAACAAGAAGCCUGUUAAACAGGAGUCUGACUCUAAUAUCACUUCAUCUGUUUCUGCUACAGAAAAAUCAUCAUUGAACCAACUCAAUCGCCUGAGCAACGAGCACUCCGCAGAUUCACGUCUGGCAAGAAGCAUAUCACUAUCACAACACUCUUCUUUAACAGAAGAAAGUCACGCAGCCGGUCCCACUCCAUCACUGUCUUCAUUUGCCAGUGCAUCAAAACGUAUACUUGGACUGAGACUUUUGAAGAAAAAGGCUCAACAAUCCAAAGAUUCAGCACAAUCAGACGUCGUGGAGAUUGAUCUCGAAUCCCUCGACCUUCCGCCUGAUACCGAAAUCAUACCAACUAAUCCCAAAGGCCGUACUAGGGGAAGAAAGGAAGACAAAGCUGCCGACUUGGUGGACCUGUCCAAGAUAUUUGUUUGCACGUAUUGCCUGAGAAGAUUCAAAAGACAAGAGCACCUUAAAAGGCACUUUAGAUCUCUUCACACAGCAGAAAAACCUUACGAGUGUCCCAAAUGCCUGAAGAAGUUUAGCAGGACAGAUAAUCUCAAUCAGCACUUGAAGGUACACAAACAAGAAGAGGAAGAAGAGGCGGCGCGAGCAGUUGGUAGGACUAUAAUUAAGGAAGAAGAUGAGAUGUGA